AGAGAAAAACAAGUAUAGAAUUUGCAUGCAUAUACAUUUCUUCUUUCUAUCUUUAGAUCUUAUAAACUUUCUAUAUCAAUCUCUUAUCCUUGUCAAUUAAAAUGCCAGAUUCACCACCAUCAUUACCAACAACAAGAAAAAUUCCAUUUCCACCACCACCAUUGAAGAUAAGGGUAAAUAGCCCUUCAAUGUCAGAGUUAAAGAAAAGUCUAUUUUCACCUAAUUCAUUGAGGUCUCCAACAAUUAGGAUACCAACAUUCAAGUCUCAAAAAUCCAUGUUGUUGUUGGCUUAUGUUUUCACUUUCUUAUUUGUUACAUGUGCUAUCUUUUUUAUCUUCAAUAAUCCUCCCAUUAACCAUUCUUUCAAGAAAGUUCUCAAUAAGAGAUCACAGUUCUCCACAUUUUUCUCACACUAUUUCUCCUCCAAUAAUUACACCUCUAAUCAAAACUCAACUGGUUACUCUCUCCCAUUUAACAGGAAAACAAAUGGGGUUUUUGGGAAACUGAAUGAUUCUAAUUCUGUUUCUCAUCAAAAUGGGUUUUCAAUAUCUCCUAGCCAAAUGAAUGACUCUGAAAAUGGCGAAAAGGGUUUACAGAAUUCAAUGAAGAAUGAAGAGGAAGAGAAACAAAAGGUGAAUUUCUCAUCAAAUUAUGUGAGAAAUGAAACAUCAACUGAAAAUCAAAAGAAUGAGCCUUGGUGGGAAGUAUUGAGUCAUUGUGAUGUUUUUGAUGGGAAGUGGGUGAAAGAUGAUGCUAACCCUUUAUAUGAACCUGGUUCUUGUCCUUUUAUAGAUGAGCCAUUCGAUUGUUAUAGAAAUGGAAGGCCUGAUAAUGGGUAUGAGAAAUAUAGAUGGCAGCCUAAGCACUGUAACAUUCCAAGGUUGAAUGCCAAAGAAAUGUUGGAACUUUUGAGAGGAAAGCGAUUAGUCUAUGUUGGUGACUCUCUGAACAGGAAUAUGUGGGAAUCAAUGGUUUGUCUCCUCAGAAAUUCUGUUGAAGACAAGAGCAGAGUUUUUGAGGUAUCUGGAAGAGAAGAUUUCAAGAAAGAGGGUGCUUAUUCUUUUAUAUUCGCGGACUAUAAUUGUUCAGUAGAGUUUGUACGUUCAACGUUUCUGGUUCAAGAAUGGGAAAUGCCAGAUGGAAAUGGAUCAACUAAAGAAACACUCAGAUUAGAUCUGGUAGAAAGGUCAUGUGACAAAUACAAAGGAGCUGAUAUCCUUGUCUUUAACACAGGGCAUUGGUGGACUCAUGAGAAAACAUCCGAAGGGAAGGGUUACUAUCAAGAAGGUAGUCAUGUUUAUGGUGAAUUAAACGUUGUUGAGGCGUUUCGCAAGGCAAUGACAACAUGGGCAAGAUGGAUUGAGACCAAUGUAGAUCCUCUGAAGACCGACGUUUUCUUUAGAGGCUAUUCAGUCUCUCAUUUCAGUGGAGGCGAGUGGUAUGCCGGUGGAAAAUGUGAUAGUGAUACAGAGCCACUUAAGGAUGAGAAAGAUUUGUCACCUUCUCUGUAUCCUUCAAUAAUGGGAAUGUUAGAGGAUGUGAUAAGGUGGAUGAAGACACCAGUAUACUAUUUGAAUGUUACCAUAAUGUCAGAUUUCCGCAAGGAUGGACAUCCAUCGAUAUACAGGAAGCCAAAUAUGACAGACGAGGAGAGGAGGACGACGAUAAGGUAUCAAGAUUGCAGCCAUUGGUGCCUUCCUGGUGUACCAGACACUUGGAAUGAGCUACUAUAUGCUCAACUAUUGAUGAAACAUUAUCAGAAACAACACAAACAACAGCAGCAGCAGAUAGGUUCUUAGGCAAAUAUAGCUAUAGUAUUGUAUAGAUAUGAUAUUGUGGGACGAAAUAUGUCUCGGUUAGUUUUAGUUUUUCCCUGAUUGGAAAUCAGGGUUGGCAACAUGACAUCGGCUGGCAAAAACUGUCUCUGUUAGUUGUAGUAGCUUUUCCUAAUGAGAAGCCGGAGACGAUUGCCAUUAGCUACAGAUAGUUCAAUGUAGAACUACUUAUCCAACAAUGUAGUUGCAAGUUGCUAUUACUUUACUGUGCUAUAAUAUGAGGUAAAAAGUAUAUACA